ACCAACAUUAAAGCUUCUCUGUGUCCUGCCAACCAGCUGUCUGCCCUAACACUGCACCAGCUGAUCCUGUUGACACUGCUGCAACUGUUGUCAUUAUUGCUCCUGUUAUAUCACCACUUCUACUGCUGUUGUUGCUGCCACCACCACUACUUCUACUACUCUUGUUAUCAUUACUUCUACCGCUAUUACUGCUGUUGCUGUCGCCACUAUUCCUGCUCCUGUUGCUGCCACUACUACUACUGCUUCUGUUGCUGCCACUACUACUACUGCUCCUGUUGCUGCCACUACUACUACUGUUCCUGUUGCUGCCACUACUACUGCUGCUCCUGUUGCUGCCACUACUACUACUGCUCCUUUUGCUGCCACUACUACUACUGCUCCUGUUGCUGCCACUACUACUACUGCUCCUUUUGCUGCCACUACUACUACUGCUCCUGUUGCUGCCACUACUACUACUGCUCCUGUUGCUGCCACUACUACUACUGCUCCUGUUGCUGCCACUACUACUACUGCUCCUGUUGCUGCCACUACUACUACUGCUCCUGUUGCUGCCACUACUACUACUGCUCCUGUUGCUGCCACUACUACUACUGCUCCUGUUGCUGCCACUACUACUACUGCUCCUGUUGCUGCCACUACUACUACUGCUCCUGUUGCUGCCACUACUACUACUGCUCCUGUUGCUGCCACUACUACUACUGCUCCUGUUGCUGCCACUACUACUACUGCUCCUGUUACUACCACUACUACUACUGUGCCUGUUACUACCAUGACUACUACGCUACUGCUGCUGUAGACACUGAGCUUCCUUGAUAUGUGCUGCUAGUCACUCGACACUAAAAACCGAAGUCUGAGCUAGGGUGAUGGAAGUGCUGACGUGUUCAGUGUGUUCGGAGGUAUUCGAUGGGGAUGUUCGGGAGCCAGUGAUGCUGCCCCAGUGUGGCCACACCUUCUGCCGUCCCUGUCUCCUCAACCUGCAGGACACAGAGCCAGCCUUCAAGUGUCCUACUUGCAGGAGAAGGUACUCUGGUCCUCAUGUAGUCGACCUUCCCGUGGUCUACAUGAUCCUUGACAUAGUGGCAACUUAUGCUGCUAUGAAGGCGCCAGCAGAGGACCUGUGGGAAGCAUGUCAGAAUCACGGUGACCCUGUAAGGUUGUGGUGCCACCAGUGCCAGGAGGCACUCUGCGGCCAGUGCCUCUUCGAGCGACAUAUGACUGACAGACACCACGUCGUCAAGACACAGACAGCUCUUGAGCAACAGAAACACCUAAUACAGUUGCAGGCUGAUCGUCUUACUAAAUAUAUCAACAUGGAAAGGAAACGUUUGACAAACGAGUUUCGUAAAGUAUGCCUGCAGCUUGCCAACAUAUACAGUCAGAGCAUGAUCCUCGGCGAGCACUCUAAGACUAUCACUGGCAUCCUAGAAGCCACGGAGAAGACUGAACACAUGAAGACCUUGGUCAUCAAUCGCAGGAUAUUAAAUAAGCUUCUAACGGAACUUAAGGCGACUGUCAGUACCACUUGUGACCCUCAGCUGAUCAACGACUGCAUCCCUUCAGAAAAUAGAACUGACAGCGAAGGUGACACGGAAUCUCGCCUGAGUUCACCUGGAUUUGGGGUGAAAAGCAACUUUCGAAAGGCUCCCCGUGACACUCCCAUCGAAGCAGGCGGCCAUGAUUCAGACAUGGAGGAAGAAAGUGAAACCUUAAGUCAAGAGGAUAGCCAAGGGAUAGAGAUAGCCCAAGAGGAAAGUCGGAUAGAUGCAACUCAGGAGGAAAGUCAGAUAGAUGUAGCCCAGAAGGAAAGUCAAGGAAAUGUAUCCCAGAAGGAAAGUACAGAGAUAGAUGUAAACCAAGGUCAGAUGGAUGUAGCCCCGGAAGAAAGUCAAAAAGGUUUAGCCCAGGAGGGAAGUCAUAGAGAUGUAGCCCAGGAGGGAAGCCAUAGAGAUGUAGCCCAGGAGGGAAGCCAUAGAGAUGUAACCCAGGAGGGAAGCCAUAGAGAUGUAGCCCAGGAGGGAAGCCAUAGAGAUGUAGCCCAAAAGGGAAGCCAUAGAGAUGUAGCUCAGGAGAGAAGUCAUAGAGAUGUAGCCCAGGAGAGAAGUCACAGAGAUGUAGCCCAGGAGAGAAGUCAUAGAGAUGUAUCCCAGGAGAGAAGUCAUAGAGAUGUAGCCAAGGAGGGAAGCCAUGGAGAUGUAGCCCAGGAGGGAAGCCAUAGAGAUGUAGCCCAGGAGGGAAACCAUAGAGAUGUAGCCAAGGAGGGAAGCCAUGGAGAUGUAGCCCAGGAGGGAAGCCAUAGAGAUGUAGCCCAGGAGGGAAGCCAUAGAGAUGUAGCCCAGGAGGGAAGCCAUAGAGAUGUAGCCCAGGAGGGAAGCCAUAGAGAUGUAGCCCAGGAGAGAACUCAUAAAGAUGUAGCCCAGGAGGGAAGCCAUAGAGAUGUAGCCCAGGAGAGAACUCAUAAAGAUGUAGCCCAGGAGGGAAGCCAUAGAGAUGUAGACCAGGAGGGAAAUCAUAAAGAUAUGGCCCAGGAGGGAAGUCGUGGAGAUGUAGCCCAGGACGGAAGUCAUAGAGAUAUAGACCAGGAAGGAAAUCGGAUAAAUGUUGCUCCGGACAAUCUUCAAGUGCCACUUGUGAGGGAGGAUAUCGAACAAAUUCAAGAAAUGACUCUGGAUGACGUUCAGGAACCACAGAGGAGGAUGGGGGAAGCUGGUAGCUCAGCUCUGGGGUACUCUGUGUGGCCGCUCACCAGGUGUACCCCAGGUGGCAGUGCUCACUGGCCUAAACUCAGUUGGGGCCACUUCAUGGCACAGCUUCCUGUGGUACAGCUGUUGGUGCCGCCAGAGAAGCCACAAGUGUUUCUACAGCUAGGUGUAGGAGGCAGAAGUUUGGGCAGCGUCCACAUCCGUCUGUGGGGACAUUUGCGCCGCGCUCAGCACUUUUUAGCACUGUGUCUGGGCACCCUAGGGCCCUCCUACAAGGGUUCACGGUUCAUGUACGUGGCCCGGAAGGGGCAGCCCGGGGAACGACUGGUCGGGGGGGUAUACGUGGUGGAGGGAGGUGGCAGCAGCAGCCACCAGCUAAUGGAGGACCUGGAGUGGAGGGGGGAAUACUUGGGCCCCGCUAAGGAGGGAAUCGUUGGGGGUUCACGAGGCCGUCAAGCCAAAUACAACUCAUGUUUCUGUAUCAGCUCGAGGGACAACCCCACAGGACAGUAUUAUUGUCCAUUUGGGCAAGUUGUGUCCGGGCUGGAAGUGGUGAGAGCGGCUGUCCAGCACCACCCAGUCAGUGACGUCACCAUAAUGGACACUGGCCUUGUCAGCACACGCGAGUAAUGUCCACGGGGUCCCACAAUAUGACUGGAAAUCUCGAGUCUAGUGACUUUCUUGAUACGAUUCAAAAUUGCUUUUUAAAACAGUUUGUGACAGAACCAACUAGAGGAAACAAUCUGCUUGACUUGGUUCUUGUCAACAAGGAAUCUCUAGUUAAUAAUCUUGAGGUUAAUGAUGAGCUUGGGGAAAGUGAUCACAAAUCACUUAGUUUCAAUAUAUCAUGGAAUUACCCAGAUAAUUGCAAUCAAAUCUGUCGAAGACUUCCGCUUGGCCGAUUUCAUGGGACUGAGAAAUUACCUAGGUGGGUUAAAUUGGAACGACCUGACAAUGGGUCAGGUAGAUGGUGUUGGUUUGCCACUAUUUAUUCUGUGAUUUCUAUUCUCUGUAUUGGAUUGAUAAAGCAUUGGUUGGCGAAGCAUCUUAAUAA